GAAACAGUUGAACAUAAGAAUAUGAAAUCAGUAUUCGAUGAAACCUUAUGAGAUGAACAAUCUCUACAUGUAUCUAGCAAAUAUUCUGUAUUGGUCAGAGAUUCACCCUAUGCAUCACACAAACUCCAGUCAGUAUUCAUCGCGUUAAGGAGAAACCUUAUAUUUCCGAUCAACAUAGAGUGGACAGCGAAAUUGUUAAAUAACACAAAUGAUAUGAACGUUGAUUCUGUUCACUCAUAUACAAGGAACUUACAAUAAACAUUGAAUGUUUUUCUUGAAUUGAAUUAUAGCAACUAUGUGAGAAUCAGUUGAUUCUGUACCCGAUCGCGUCUAUGUAUAACUAUUAUCAAUCCGCCAUAGCGCACGAACAUCUCACACUAAACUCAUAAUACAUUGUCAACAGAACUUUAAUUAAGAUUAUACUUUGCCUUGCAAAUAAACAGUUCAACUGAAUUCCAGACUGUUUCACCUCAGAAUGUCAAUUAGAAAUAACUCGGUUGCUGUUUUAAUACUCACAACUCUGUUGCUCAAUACUUGCAACGCUACGGAUGAAUACUCAUCACAAACGGAUGCGACUCAAUCAUUCCCUAUAAGCGAUAGCAUCAUGACAUCUGAUUUCAAUCGCAAUCAAAACCAAUAACCCUCAUGCAGCGAAGUGAUUCGGGCAAUUUAACUCUGUUCAACUUCUCGGAACAUGGAACAUCUCUUUUCGAAGUAUCAGAUACAUUUCGAGUUGAAGGACGGUCUAUAGCUGCACUCGUACCACAUACUGCUUAUAAUAACCAGUCGGCAAUAUUAUACUAUGAAAUCAAUCCACAACCAGAUGGAUCAGGUUUCGCUGGUAUCGACUACAAACUGGAUACCUGGGACUUGUCAAACUAUACUGGUGUUAUCAUUGAAAUACAUACACAUGGUAGAAAUCCCAACAUGAAAUUGAUCUUCUAUGGAAACUGUUCGGAAAUACGCAAUUGUCAUUCGUAUGAGUCGUUUUUCGAGACAUCUGGAGAACGAGAACAAAUAAAACUGCCAUUUAGUACAUUCAAACCAUACUUUCGUGGAGAACUGAUACCUCAUUUACCGCCAUUAGAUUUAACUCAACUCUCCCGCAUCGGUAUACAGGUAUAUGGCAGCAUCGUUGGACCGGAUAAGCAACAUGAUAAAGAGUUUAUCGAAAUAUUCUCCAUCAUAGCAUAUAAGGAUGAUCAAAUGACAGUUUAAACAAACCAAGCUUAAAAGAAUCAGAGACAACUUGAUAUGUAGUGCUUAUUGAUACUAUGAUCAUUUUAGUUUGUAUUAAGUAGUUUUACCAAUAAAUACCACACAUUUA